UAGUCAGAAGGAUUCAGGGUAAUAACUAGCCUAUCAAAAACAUAUAUAUCUUAAGCUGGAGGACGUGCGUCCAGCCUGCUCCUGUUUAUUCGCCCGUGUGGGCGAUUCCAGUGGAAGCGGAAGACGCCAGGGUGAAAUCUUGCCCAAUCUGGCAACAUUUGCGGCCGCCCUCUAUUCGCUACUGGACGGAAGUAAUUUGGGAUUCAGGAAAAGAUGAAACUGCGAUGCGACGUUUCUUGGUCCAAUAAUAACAAUAUACUAUUGAAUAAUCGAGCCAAACGAAGAAGUUCCGCUUUCUUGUAACUCGCUUGUGUAUGACAUGUGUUAUGUAAAAAUGGCUUUGAGUAUGGAAUGUAAAACGUGUAUAUUCCUCUUUUCAUUGUUGCUACGUCCCGGAUCUGCUUUUGUGCCGUCGGCCACCAACAUUUCCCUGGACUGUCACAAUUUUAUAAACAUCCUCCGCUGGGACUACAGCGACCAUGCCACUCUGAAGCCCAACUUCGAAGUGACCGUCGAAAUGCUAGAAAGCGCGCCAAAGCUGAUCCGGGUGGACUACCCAAGCCUCCAGUGCGACCUCUCCGCCUUCAGCAAUCCCGACAGCGACUACAGAGUCACGGUGACGGCCGUGGUGGGGCUGAACGAGAGUCUCCCGGCUCCGCCGGACGGUUUGACCUUCAGCUACUUCAGAAGCUCUCCGUCGGAGCAGCUAUGUUCAUUGGACCUUCCGCCCGUCAACGUCACUUUCCAACCGGGUGUUGGAAUCACGAUCAGUUUCAGCCAUCCUGCUGUGUUGUACGGCCAGAGGCGGUUGAACAAGCCAAAGUCCAAAUUCAAUUACGAAGUGGCAGUGACCGGCGACCAGAAUUACAGCGGCAAAUGCAAGAUGGACGUGUGUGAGAAGACCAUCCCAGCAGGGCUCCAGCAGGACUGUGUGAGGAUCAACGGCGACUGGAACAAAAUAACCGUCCUAAGCACCCAGGACUACUGCGCCCGGGCCGGCCCCGCCCCAGCCCCCGCUUACCAGGGUCUGUUCAUCGGGCUUGGGGUAUGUUUCGUCGUAGCACUCCUAAUCCUUGCGUUUGCUUUCAUCUGCAAGAGAGUCAGAGCCUCCUCCCAAACACCUUUCGCUCUGUCCUUCCCUGAGAUGCAGGACCAUAGCCACAGCCCGCUCAUCCAAGAUCAAAAUCUGUCUCCGGUGUCCCCUGGGGCCUUUUACAAGGGGGACCGCCUCACGAUCACUGCAGUAGACCAGAACGGGAUUGGAUCCGUGCAAAGCGUCAUCACUGCAGCGGAGAUGGAGCCCGAGCGGCCCCGCCCCGCCGGGAAGCCGGCGGUGGCCAACGGGAGCGUGCCGUUGGCCCCCAGGUUGAAGCCAGCAGCAGAGGCUUCCGGGAUGGACCCCGCCAGGAAUGACCCAGGGGUGGCCGCCCGUGCCGCGGGGCAGGGUGACCCGAGAAUGCAGCCCCAGGUGGGGGAUGACCCAGGAGGGGCAGCAGGCGCCCCGGGGCCCCUCCCGCUGUACGCAGACGUGGACGAGGGCGACCUGGGAGGGGAGCCUCCCGAUGAGUCCCUGAACGAUUCGGGUUACGAACAACGCGUGAGGGUGGAGCUCACUCCUGGGGAUACUGUCGAUGCCUACCUUGGUUGAGCUAACCUAAGAAGCAAAAGUGUGUUUUCAUGAUGGUGAAUUAUGGGAUGCUCAGGCAUAUGUGUGCGGUUGACUUGGCAGAAUUCGACAGGCCCUCGCAAUUUGAGUCAAUAAUUAACAUUGUUAAUUAUAAUAAUUAACAUUGUUAAUUAUUAAUAAGUUAACAUUGAAGUGUAUAUUGGAACUGUUAAACGUUUUUUUUCAGUGAUGUAAUUUCCAAAAUUCGAGCCAGAGAGACAAACAGCAACCCUGCGUAACCGGGUCAUAUUUAUCCCUUCAAUCACAAUUGAUUCUGAUAUCCAUAGAAAAGGGUUUACAUUUAGGUGCCACUGAGGAAGGUAGGACAGAGGACCAGAGCACAAGGGAUAACAUUUUGACGACAUCACUUAAUCGGUGAGGUGGUCAAUACGUAGACGACACUGGGGAGAAACGGGUUGGCAAGACAAUACAUGCAAUGGAAAACAAAGCCUAUAUGACUAAAAGAUAGCGGCAUAUGAAUUUUUCCAUCACAGCCUCUAAUGCACUCCUUUCCACUAAUGCCCUCCCUGCCUCUUAUGGCCUCCUUUCCUCUAAUGCCCACCAUACACACUGUGAAGUGGACUUUCUUAAGUGCCGAGGGUAUGUUUAUAACCUAUGUCAGGUAUAAUACGCCUAUCCCCAUAUUGAGUGAGGCGUUGACCAAGCCUCCGACCUGCACCUUAGUUCUCGUCCCAAAAAAGCACUGCUGUAUAUCGCCCACAGUUCAUUGCAGUUUUGCAUUUGGAGAAGAUGAACACAUUGAGCAAUACGCAUAUGUUGUAAGUACACAAACAUAUUCUCAUAUAUUCUACUAAUAUGUCAGAGUCCUGCCUGGUUGAGUCUGCAGGUGUUUGUGAUGUGGGUAAAAAGUUGUUCAGUUCUUGGCGUACAACAAGCGGUCCCUGGGCCCCUUCAAUCAAGUUGAAUGUUUCUGUAUGGAUCCUUUCAUUAAUGUUGGGGCAUAAACGGACCCACUAACACGCACUUUAGUAGGGCGUUCAUUGCUAUCUACCCAAAUCUUACUUUACCGUCUGCUUUCGCGGAUGGCGGGUGCAUUUUCCCUCAAUGCUGUACAAAAAAACAUGUCUGUUUUAACACGCCUUACAUGCUAAUUAGACUUGGAUACCUUGCUCUGAGACACGUUAAAACGUACACAGGAGUAGCCAAGCACCUGAUCUAAAGCCCAGAAUCAGAUGCCAUGUAAUGGUAUGCCUCAUAGUAUGUAUGGUCUACACUGUUGCAGGAGAUGUCUUCAGGGUUUAAUGCAAGAUAAAAUGCUCCUGUUGUCUCUACUGUGCAACAUGCAAUGUGAUUCACUUAGUUUUUUGGCUUCUUUUUAACCCUUGGGGCUCAUGGACAGAAUCUGCCAAACUGAAAUAUGUAAUACUUUCUUAAAAUCUGUAAUAUGAAAUGUUUACAAAUGAGCCAAUUACAAAUUUGUAAAUCAUUUGAAAAUAUUUCAGAUAAAAUGUUCCAUUAUAAAAUAUCUACAAAUUAGCUAAUUUACAAAUGAAUAUAGGCGAACAUUAUGGCCGUGUUCACACAAGAGUUUGAAAUUCAACUCAAAUCCGAUUUGGGAAUUUAAAGGCAGCAAGACAAGCUUCACGUCAAAGAAAAUCAAGUGGAAGCUUGUGUGUGUGCGUAUAGGUCCGGUUUACAUGGCGUAAACUUGUAAAGUAGGGCUAUGGUAUGUUCUGGUAUUACAUUUUUUUGUUGGACUCAAAGCACUUAUAAUAUAAUUAUAUUAUGUGGCCACUGGUCCGAAUUAAACCAGGUUCGCUGCUCUGUGUGUAAAUUGGUUGCAAGAGUUUUUCUCUAUAAUUUGCCAAGUCAUAUAGGCCUACAUUAAUUUUUACGCUUUAUUCAAGUCAUGAUUAUGUUGUACGGAGAGUAAAUUUUUUUUCUUGCUAUGUAGUUUAUAUUAAAUGAUCAGUUCAGUGUUUAUUGGAACUGUUUAACGUUUUUUUUCAGUGAUGUAAUUUCUAAAAUAAGAGCCAGAGAAACAGCAACCCUGCGAAACCGGGUCAUAUUUAUCCCUUCAAUCUGACUGCUGAGCUGUAUUCAAACUGUUGUGUUUUUGUGGAUGUUUCCUGAGUGACUGAUGCUAUGUUGGAUACAUUUUUGUUGAUUGGUAAGAUAAAACCAUUGAUGUGCUCUUGGUGUCCAUCUUUAAUUUGUUCCAAUUAAUGUCUGCAACUCAUUCCGUCGCAGGGCUUUUUUAAUGUAAAUGCUUAUUUUUACAACAUUUAUAAUUUUGUUGAUUUGUUGAUUUUCUUUGUGUUUUGUUAUCCAUAUGUUAUGAAUCGACAGUGGUCACAUAAAUAACUUUAAAUAAAUAAAUCCUGUGUU